UUGUUGUUUUCAUUGUUAAACUCUGCUCAACCGCUCACUUGUUCCUCCUCGUGUGCCGAGUAUGUGGGUUACUUGCAGGCACUCGUACGGCACAAAAAGUACGCAGUAAGACAUCGUAGGAACUUGUACGGCAAUACAUUUUUCCCCAGUUGUCUUCAUCAUCAUCAUCAUCAUCGGACACGCAAUCACAAGUGUUGAUGGUAUACACAUCCAAGUAUACUUCAUUUAUUCGGCGUGAUAUUCCAAAAUGAGAGGUACAAGCCGGUACCAAAGAAGCUCCAGAGGCAGGGGUCGAGGUAUGGAUUACAGCUCGCAAACUCUUACAUCAAAACCUCCGGGGUGGGGGGUACAAGGACCAGCCCCUCGUGAGUUUGUCCACCAACACGCAUGGAUUGGAGCUCCAAGGCCAAAAAUCGGAUCGGUAAGUCUUGCACUGUCGACGAGCAGUACCGAUAAUAUGACGCGGAUAGGAGAUGCGAAGGACAAACAGAUCCUUCAUCAGCUUGACCAGAGGAAGACCUCGCCGGUGCUCCCACCAAUGCCGAUCUCAUCUGGCUACAAGCUCCAGUCCCAUAAAAGGUGCAUGGCACUGAUUCCUGAUGGCUACAUGGGUAUUUGUGAUACCGUCAAGUACAUUCCAGUUUCCUCCAUAGAGCGUGACUCCAAUGGGGAUUUUGAAGUUAUGGUUUCUGAAACUGUUACGCCGUCAAUUUUUUGUGUCAUGCUUUUAAAAAAUUGUGACGAGUUCAACGAGUUUAUGAGCCGUUUGGGGGACUUUUAUGAAGAGAAAGAUGUGCAGUCCCUCAAGGUCCCUCGAUGUAUUUUACAGCCUGGACUGAAUGUUUGCUGCAACCUUUUAGGUGUUUGGUAUAGAGCAAUGAUCAUAAAAAUCAGGGAUGACGGAUCGGUCGUGGUAUUUUUUUACGACUACGGCAUUGUCAGAUCGUACGAUUCCAAUGACCUGUUCUUCCUACACGAGUCUUUCUCAAAGUUACCGGCUCAAGCCAUAGUUUGCGGCUUGCACGAUGUCAAGCCCAUUGGCUCUUACGUGUGGCCAAAGAGUUCUACCGAUGCAUUUGCCGAUAAAGUAUUAGGAUUACUCUUUGUGGCAAGAAUUCAUGUUUUACGCGAAGAUAACAAUACCAUGGUAGUGUCUUUGACAACCAAAAUGGACAAACGCGAGGACGGAACUGUAAGCGAUUGGAUGGUGAAAAAUAAAUUGGCUAAUUGGGGAGAAAUGGUCAGUUACGACGAAGCCCCUCUUCAUGAAAGAGUACGGGACGCAGGGCACAGUCACAAGCAAGUUACUAGUUAUAAACUUGCAUCAGUUGAAACGAAACGGGAUGAUAAAUUACCGGCGAUUGACAACAGUUCAAUGGGUCUGUAUCAUCCAAAAGAAAACCCCGACUCCAUGGAAGAAACCAACGUGAUGGACCAAUCAAUUUGUGCCGAUGUACCCAGUCGAGGCGAACUUCAUGAAAGCUCGACUGAGUCGAAUAUCAACAGCUUGAUGAAAAUUUCGAUUGAAAACAGCCAAGACUCCGGUGAGGUUCAAGCAAAUGAACGGGGCAAGUCCCCUGAGCUUGCACAGAAAUCUUCUAUGAUUCCAACCGUUUCGAAACGAAUCGACGGUCAUGUGUCCAGACAACCGUCAAAAAUGAAUGUCCAAACGGAAACUAAACAAAAUGAAAAAUCGGAUCAACUGGCAACCGACAACCCAAGACAAUUAGUGAAUACCGAUUUGGGGGAAAAUGUUAAUCCGGCAUCCCCGUCUGUAUGCAGUAGGGGGACAAGCCUAGAUUUUAAUAAGGACUUUGUUGAAUCUAAUAAUUCCGAAGGCAAUCAGGUGUUCGAAGAUAGUGUCAGCAAUAAAGAUGGUGGGCCUGAAAGGGGUUCUCCACCUCAAACUCGAAAAAUUUUGGACGAAAAUAGUGUUUCGACACAAGACACAGCUUAUUUUAUGAUACAUCUUAGUGAAAAAAUGGAUCAAAAAGCUUUUCACGUUUUUCAUUACGACAAAGAGGGUUGGUUAUUCCUUGAGGAAUUUGUUAAAGUUUUUACAAAUUUGAAGGAACCAAAAGUUUUUCUCAAAAUUUUAGAUGUUUUAAAUUGUUCUCUACCCUUAAAGCUCAUAAAUAGAGACACGGAACCUCAACUUUUCUCUCAAUUAGAUAAAAGUGCACUGAUUGUUCCACGUGAGCACAACAAAGUUAAGUCAGAUUUCGAUUUGACGCUUAUGCCCUUGAGAAGUAUGUUCAAAGUAUUGGAAAAACUUGGUUUGGUAUCUGUCGAGACGAUGCUUGAGGCAUCGUAUGAGAUCAAACGACUGAACGAAGAAGCGGCACAAAAAUUCUUGUUCGCCAAGUACAAAAACAAAAUACUUUAUGAUUCGUUGAACAUAGUUUUGCAGUACAAAAAGUUCAGACGUGCCAUCGAUGGAUCAGCCUCGCCCAACUCGAAAUUCUCAAUCACUCCGUGAUAUCGUAAGCUUUUUGAAAUAGCAGGCACUUUAUGAAUAAGUGCGUUUUAAAGUCUUUAAAAAUGUUCUGUUGUUGAAUAGUUUUUUUUUUUAUUUUAUACAAAUUGUUAAACAGUUACAUUUUUAAUACUUUUAAUAUUUUUAACACAUUUUAUUUACAAAAGUUAACAGCAAAUACGUUAAAACCAACACAGUUACCAAACAACUGUUAUUUGUGACCAAAUCUACAAAUAUAAGUACAUUUUUAUUUAAUCUAAUCAUCUUGAUUUUGGUCCCAGUUGAAAAUA